AUGCAGGCUCCCCAUUGGACGGGCGGAGGCUCCGCCGCCGCCGCUACCGGGCGGAGAAGCGCGGAGCGCAGCAGAGCGCAGGAGGGCAUGGGCGGAACAGGGCCGGGGGGAACGAGCCCAAUGGGGGGGGUUAACAUGAGCGCAUUGGUUGGGGCGACGAUGGUUGGGGCAGUGGGGGGAGCAACUCCGCCCAGGGACGCGCGGGUGCCUGGCGCGGGCGCGGGAGGGGUGCAGGCGAAGGCGCAGCAGGACGACGGCAUGGGGCGAGGCGCGUACCCCGCCUCGCGCGACUACUACCCCUCGCAGGGCGUCCCCACGCCGCACGGCACAGCCUCGGGCGCAGCUUCGGAACCCUGGCGCCAAGCCAGCGAGGCAGGCUCGGCGGUACGGCCGUGGGAGGUGCUGGGGGGGAUGAAGGAGGAGGAGUGGGCGGCGUUCAAGGGGUGGGUGGAGUCCACGUGGCGCUGCCGCCGCUGUGGCAGCCCCAGGGACGACUUCACCGAGCACCCUGUAGCCAUGGCCCUGCUGCAGCGCUGCGGUAUCACCCCCCCCAGCACCGCCGGCCAACCCGCCUCCUCCCCCCUCCACUCGGACGGCAGCGGAAGGUCCUCCGCACCUUCCUGGCAGCAGCAGAGAGGAGGGGAUGUGCAGAGGGGGGGUGUGGACGCGCGCAGUCACGGGGGCGGGUCCCCCCUGAAUCCCUCCUCGAAGCGCCACUCCUUCGAUGCCUCCCCCCUUGCCUCCACCACCACCGCCAGCACCUUCACCGCCGGGCUAGGCCCGGACGCAUGCCCGCACCUGCGCGGCAGCAGCGCGGACGGGGAGGGCAGCGGGGAGAACAGCGGGCGGCUCGGCCCUGGGGGGGACUACCAGGCGCAGGGGAACAGAAACUUUGACGAAAGCGCCCUGCAGGAGGUGCGCGCGCGGCUGGAGAUGGGGGGAGUGGGCGGAGGCGGGGGAAGAGGCGGAGGGGGGCCUGGGGGCGGGGGCGGGCUGGCGCGGACGAUGAGCAACACGGAGGUGCUGCAGAGGAAGCUGCUGGCGGCCAUCACGCGCGCGCACCAGGUGUAUUUCAUCGACAAGGAGCCGAACGGCAGCCUGGUGUUUGACUACCUGCUGUCCGCGCUGCUGGAGGUCACCGAGUCCAUGUUUGGAUUCAUCUCGUCCGCUCUGCUCAAGGCCGACGGCACACCGUACCUCAAGACGCACGCGAUGACGAACGUGGCGUGGAGCAAGGAGCUGCGCGCGUGGUACGCGGCGAACAGCCACAAGGGGUUGGUGUUCACCAACCUCAACACGCUGCACGGCACCGUCGUGCUCACAGGGCAGCAGGCCAGCAGGUUUAUGCAAGGGGGACAAACUGGCAGCCAGCAGGCUGUUGCAUUUGCUUCUGCGUAUGUGAAUCCAGAGCACACCCACCUGCCUGCUCUCCUGAUAGAGCGUUUCAUGGUGCUCACGAAUGACGCGCGCAACAACCCCAGGUCCAGGGGAGUCCCGCCAGGCCACCCUUUGAUCGACAAGUUCAUGGGCAUCCCCCUCUACACCGGCACCGAGCUCAUCGGCGCCUUUGCCGUGCUGACGAACGACGCUCGCAACGACCCCAGGUCGAGAGGAGUCCCUCCAGGCCACCCUUUGAUCGACAAGUUCAUGGGCAUCCCCCUCUACACCGGCACCGAGCUCAUCGGCGUCUUUGCCGUCGCCAACCGGGCGGCGGGGUACGACGAGCAGCUCGUGAAGGAGAUCGAGCCUCUCACCAUGACCAUCGCCCAGAUGAUCUAUGCCGUGAAUGAGCGGAAGAGGAGGAAGGAGGCGGAGCUUCACUUGUCGAGCGUAGUGCAGAGGGGGCGAGGAAGAGAGGGAGAUGGCAGAGCGCAGAGCACCCACGUCAUGUCCAUGAGCGAUAGAGGGGGAGAGGGAGGUGGAGGGGAGGAGGGCAGGAGGGAGAGGGCAGGAAGGGGCGAGAGGACAGCAGGAGGCAAGAGGGCAGCAGGCAGAGCGCAUAGCACCCACGUGACGUCCAUGAGCCUUUCUCUUGACGACUCUCUCAUGGACGCAUGGCACCCACUCUCUGCUCUCACCCCCUUCCCACCCUUCCAGGUGGCAAAGGAGGGAAUCAUGUCCCUGGCCCACAGCGGCCAUGUGACGUCAAUGAACCUGUCAGCGCGGCAGAUGUUUGGCUUCGCGCAGCCGGGGGACGCGCCCCUGCCGGGCAGCAUGCGCGAGGGCGUGGCGGCGCCCGCCAACCUGCAGCUCAAGGACCUGCUCGUGGAGAUCGAUGGGCACCGCGACAUGCUCACUGCUGGAGGGCUGGACCACGCGUCAGGGCAGGUGCACAAGGGCACUGGGUUCCGCACGGACGGCAGCACGUUCCCCCUCGAGAUCUCGCUGUCCAAGGGCAACUACGACACCGUCUUCUAUGUCGCGGUGCUCAGAGACAUCUCCGAACGACUCGAGGCGGAGAAGAAGCUCAAGGAGAGCGAGGAGCGGUGGCUGUAUGCCCUGUCGGGCAGUGAUGACGGCGUGUGGGACUGGAACGUGCGCGACAACACCAUGUUCUUCUCCGACCGCUGGAAGCAGAUGCUCGGCUACGAGCCGGGCGACAUUGGUUCGACGCUAGACGACUGGGAGCGGCUGCUCCACCCGGAGGACAAGGACCGCGCGUACGCGGACCUGAAGGAGCAUCUGGACGGCGUGACGGCGCAGUUUGUGAACGAGCAGCGGCUGCGGUGCAAGGACGGGUCGUGGCGGUGGUUCCUGCACCGCGGCAAGCUGCUCUCCAAGACGGACGACGGGGAACCGCUGCGCUUUGUGGGCACGCACACGGACAUCACGGAUAGGAAGGUUGCAGAGCAGGCGAUGAUGGAUGCCAAGGACGAGGCUGAGAGGGUGUCUCGGGCCAAAGCAGGUGCGCAGACAUGUUGCUCCGACCUUUCCCCCCCUCUCCCGCCCUCUCCCCCACCACCACCACGGCCUUCCGUCCCUUCCCUCAAACCACUCGCAUCAAAGCACUCACCGCUGCGGUUCGUGGCCACGCACGCGGAUAACACGGUCCGCAAGGUGGCGGAGCAGGCGAUGAUGGAUGCUAAGGACGAGGCUGAAAGGGUGUCCAGCGCCAAAGUAGAUUUCCUCGCCACAAUGAGCCACGAGAUCAGGACACCCAUGAACGGCGUGGUGGGCAUGACAGCCCUGCUCCUUGACACAGACUUAACCCCCGAGCAGCGCGACCGCGUGGUGACCAUUCGAGACUCGGGAGACAUGCUGCUGCAGAUCAUCAACGACAUCCUCGACUACUCCAAGAUCGAGUCGGGCAAGCUGGACAUGGAGCAGACGCUCUUCAACGUCGUUCAAGCAGUAGAGAGGGUCGCGGAGCUGCUCAUUCACAACGCCGAGUCCAAGGGGUUAGAUAUCGUCAUUGAGAUCGAGCCGGACACGCCCGUGUUCCUGGUGGGGGACGCCGGGCGCACGCUGCAGGUGCUGAUUAAUCUGGUGUCGAAUGCGAUUAAGUUCACUGAGAAGGGGUAUGUGAAGUUUCGGUUGGAGGCGGAGAUCGGCGCGCCGUGCCUGCUGCAGCUUCCCUCCUCCACCUCCGCCUCUUCCGCCGCUGCUGCUGCUGCUGCCGCUGCUGCUGCAGCGGGGGGUGCGGCUGGGUCCCCUUUCAGGGAGUCUCCUGGUGCGAGUGGCAUGAACAGUCCCGCGCACGGGGCGUCAGGGAGCAUAGGGGCGGCGAUGCUGGCAGCGCAGCAGGAGGCGCGGGCGGCACGGGCACGCGCGCAGGAGGCAGCGGCGGCACAGGAGGCGGGGGUGCUGUACUGGGUGUGCCACGUCAGCGACACGGGGAUUGGUAUUCCCAAGGAGCGCAUUGGCCGACUUUUCACCAAGUUUUCGCAGGUGGACGCAUCCACAACACGAAGGUUCGGAGGAACAGGGCUCGGCCUAGCCAUCUCAAAGCAGCUGGUGGAGCUCAUGGGCGGCCGCAUCUCAGUGCACAGCGAGUUCCGCCGAGGCUCCACCUUCACAGUGCGCCUGCCCGUCAACACCCACCACCCCGCCUACGCCACCGUCGCCGCGCUCAACCCGCCGCUCCCCACACCCUCCACGCCCUCAGCCCACUCGGGCCACUCCGCGUCGCUGCCCUCCCCGGAUUCCCCUGCUGCGGCCGGCGCGCCGUCCAAGGCGCCGCCCUCCUCGUCCGGCCCGCUGCCCGUGCCGCUGGUUGUGCCUCCGGAGUUCCAAUCCAUUCGUGUGCUGCUCGUCAGCCCUCUGGAGGUGAGCACUAGCGCCAUGCAGAAGCAGCUGGAGGCAUGGAAGGUGCCGCACGCGUGCCUCACCUGCACGCCAGAGGAGGCCUUCCUCAAACGCCUCCCGGCCGGCACUCUGCCGCCCUCGCCGCCCCUGCCAGCCAGCCAACCAGCGCCCGGCACGUGGCGAGACGGGUCGGCGCGCAAGGGGCUGGCGGAGGAUUACGAUUUGAUUGUGAUUGACUGCUCCAACAAGCCGCAGCUCAUUGACCCCAUGUCCUCUGCGGUGUUGGAGAUGCUGGGUCGGGAGCGAGUGGGGGUGGUGGUGCUGCUGAAGCGCUCUCAGGUGACGGAGAGGACAGAGGGCGAGCUCAAGGCUGUGCGCUACUGGCGUGACCGCUGCCCCGCCAUGCUCAAUAAGCCCAUGGUGCGCCCCAAGGCACUGCUGGAAGCCAUGGAAUCGGCGAUGCAGAGCACACCGGGCGGCGACGGGCUGUUCGUGUCGUCGGGGCGGCGUCGGCAGCAGCCGCGGCCCGCUGCUCGGAGCAUGGGGCCCAAGCUGAGUGGCCGCAUCCUGCUCGCAGAAGACAACCUGAUAAACCAGAAGGUGGCCAAGUCGAUGCUGGCGCAGCUGGGCGUGAGCAUAGACAUCGCCAACAAUGGUGUGGAGGCCGUCAGCCUCUUCCAGAAGAACAAAUACAACCUCAUCCUCAUGGACUGCCAGAUGCCGGAGAUGGAUGGGUGGGCAGCGAGUCGCAGGAUCAGGGAGCUGGAGGCACAGCAGGCACAGCCAUCCGUCACCAUCGUCGCUCUUACGGCCAACGCUCUCAAGGGCGACAGGGAGCAGUGCCUGGCUGCCGGCAUGACAGACUACAUGUCCAAGCCUGUCAGCAAGGCCGCUCUGGAAAGGGUCCUCAGGCAAUACCUUGACAAGGCAUCAACUGAUGGAGGCGUGAAAUGA